AUUCCUUCCCCUUGAACUUCUGUCUGGGCAUUGAUCCAGGUACUGCAACAAUGGCCAGGCAGCUGCCACCAUGGCUGAACCAUUUCAACCCUCGAGACCUGAAGACCCUCUUUCGCUGCUGCGUGGCAGCGUGGGUAGCAGCCAUCUUGAUAUUCAUAAACCCCGCGCUCCAAACCAUUGGAACUGCCACGUUCUUUGCCUGCUUCACAGUGUUCAUGAUCCCUCCCUCGGGAAUUCUCCUCCUCCAAAUAUUCCUGGCGAUUACCAUCCUUAUCGGUCUCGGAAUCUCCUGGGCAUGGGGUGUCAUUGCAAUGAAGGCGGCUCUGGCCGCUAGACCAUCGUCAGAGACUGCCGCCAAGCUACAGUUGUUACAACAAACGGCCGUUACGGAUGCCAAAGCCACCGGCCAAAGUCCUACGGCCGUGGCGAAAGUCCUUAUCUUCGAGGGAUUCAUGCUUGACACACGUGUCUCGGUGAUCUACUUUGUCUUUGGCUGCGUCUUGAUCUAUUUUCUGGCUCGUCUUCGUGCUCAGAAUCAAAAGUUAGCCUUUUUACAGAUAUUUGCGACGAUCAUAACGGAUCUGUUUAUGACCAUUGGCCCUUUACUUUACGAGUUCCAGGGUACAAUGCCCAAGGCGUUGAUUAUCCCUGCCGCGAUUGGAAUGGGAAUCAGUCUGGUGUGCGCCAUCCUCUUUUUCCCGCAGACGACUUCUCAAGCAGUUUUAUCGACCACCUCACAGCUGAUGGCUCUGAUGCAAGCUCCCCUGCAGGAGUCUCUCUUUGAGCUGUCAUCUGAGGUGCAGGCGGAAAACAUCAAUCGAUUGCAACAGAUCAAAGGACAAGCGCUGGGUAUAUACCGCUCACUUGAGGCAGCUGUCGGAUUUCUUCCAUUGGAUAUAUGUAUUGGCCGAUGGAAUGCCGAGGAUCUUCGAAAUCUUAAACAGCCACUUAGAGAGGCCUUGCUCUGCAGUAUGAUGCUGUUGGAGUACCAUGUGAGCCGAGUCAAGACCGAAACCAAGCUCAGCGUCUCUCCCGCCGAUUCAACCGGCGAGAAAGAGAUCGAUCGCCCAGUCGUUGGGCGUCACCAAUUGAUGGAUAGUGCUCUUUUGCUCCAAGCGUUCCAAGAUCCAAAGUAUGAAGCACUCCGCACAGAUACUAUACAAUCACUUCGGCAGACAAGCACUGAGAUACGGCAAGCAUGUCUAGACGCAAUCGCUGCGAUUACUGAGAGCAUCAAGAUUGAAAGUUCCAAUGGACUAUUUGCCACAACAUCUGCAGAGAGCAUUUCUCAACAAGACCAACGGAACAGAGCUAUUAUCACUCAAUUAGAGGACGCUCGGUCGUCUUUUGCGUUCCACGCCACCGAAGGGCUUAUUGGAACCCAUACAGACCUUUUUGACUCUGAUGGCUCUCUCAAAGCGGUGGAAGAUCCACUUUCGGUUCUUCCAUCCUUGCGAGGCAUCACGAUGGGCAUGGUCUAUGAGGAACGGAUCAUCGCCAUGGCGCGAUCUCUCGAGGGGAUCCUUCGAUACAUCACGGCGCUGAGAGAAGUCCGCCAGAAGAAGCGGAUAUGGUUCCCCACAAAGAUACGAUAUGCAGUCUCUUGGGCGUCUGGAUCCAAGUCCUCUGCUCCGGUCCCUAUGGAUCGCGGCGUUAAUGAUCCGGAUGCUGCUAGAGACGAUGGAGACGAGCUAAAAGACAUGCUUCGGACGACCAGGGGUUCGAGCUUUGGCCGUCGGCGAGGACUAGGAAAGGCCGUACUUGGAGCAUAUCACUGGCUGAUCUGCCCUGAAGGGAUGUUUGGGCUGCGCAUGGUAGUUGUUACGAUUGCCCUGGCUGUUCCAGCCGUGAUUCCUUCGUCUGCUGGGUUUUAUUAUCGAGAAAAGGGCAUUUGGGCUCUAAUUAUGGGCCAGACGACAUUGCUCAUCUACAUGGCUGACUUCACCUUCUCUCUCAUCUCGAGAGUGAUUGGGACAGUGGUGGGGGGUCUACUGGGCUUGGUCACCUGGUACAUUGGCUCUGGGAAUGGUGGAGGAAACCCAUACGGACUGAGUGCAAUGCUGGCCGUGUCUAUCGUCAUCUUGAUGUGGACCAGAGUCUUCCUACCGCCUGCUACCAUGCAAGCUACCAUCAUGUCUGCUGCAACUUGCCUUCUCGUUAUCGGAUACAGCUAUGAUGACAAGCAUGUUACACAAUAUAGCGACACGGGUCUCGGUUAUAGUGUGUUUUGGAGACGGUUGGUUCUUGUGUUCAUCGGAUCUACCGCUGCUUUAGUUGUCCAAGUCUUUCCUCGUCCCCCAUCUGCCGCUCAGCACAUCUCAAAAUCGCUGGCGAAUGUCAUGGGAACCCUGGCAGACCAUUAUGCCUUGUUCCUCUCAUCGUGGAACCAGGAAGACAGAAAGCUAGAUCGAAGAGUGGAGAAUCUGUCGCUGCAUGUGGCAGAAAGCCUAGUGGCCAUGCGAGGCCCUAUUGCCUUGCUGCAGUUUGAAUUCUCAAGCUCGCCGUUCAACAGUGCCGCUCUGACUGAACUGAGUACUCUCUGCCACUGCAUCAACCGGAACCUCGGCCAGCUCCUAGUCCUGACCAAUUCUCUUCCGAUCACAUAUCAAGAACGAUUCAUCCGGACUAUGGGCAUUCUAGACCAUCCAACCAUCGGCGUCAACAUGGCCAUCUUCAGCGUGAUCCAGCAGGCGUUGCGCACCGGACUACCCCUACCGGAAUUUCUGCCCACGCCUCUGAUUCGGCAAUACCAGGACUACUGGCGUGUACAUGGUGAGCAGCUCGACCUGCGCACAGAUCAUCUCCGACAGGCAGAGUAUCGCAUGUUCUGCGUGGCGAUCCAUUCAUAUCUCGACUUUGUCUCUGCUCUCGAUGAUCUGGUCCUCGUUGCCAAACAGGUGUUGGGAGAAACUCAUAUCGUGAGCGAGAAUUUCAUCAAGGUUGCUUGAUUGACCUUCCCUGUUCUUGGACCAAUCUUGUAUAGUAAUUAGGAUAUGUAUAUAUAUAGCAGUAUAUAUAUUUAUAUACCGUAUUUUAUAUAUUCCUCCA